AUACAAAAUAUUGGAGUGCACGAGCGCAGAGCUAGCCAGGCUGCUGUGUGCUGAUUCCACGCGACUUUUUGGAAAAGGCAAAAAUUUCACUGGGUCCGUGUACUCCUCCUGUAAUAGCCCCACAGCCUUCCGGUUUUGCAAUUAAUUAACCACCUUCUUGUAAGUGCGCGUUCGCGAGUGUUUACGUUCGGUAACGCGCGCGACAAAUUACAUUUCCGGCUCGUAAGACUCGAUAGUAGACGGGGAACGUGUGUGGGGGAGGAUUUGUAGUGUUUAAUUAUACCCACUGGUGGCGAUUUUAAUUACGCGUGGACGUAAAUAGGAUAGCACCUCUUCCCAUCGGGAAGGGAGACUACAAUCGAGGCGCUUGGAAAGUGUGUGACAAUUGAAGAGCUCGUAAGGAAGUGUGUGGAAUAAAUAGAUGUCUCUGAAAUAUGGUGAAGUUUUCUUGACAAACGAGAAAAUGUUUUUGGCAACAAAUUUGGGAUGAUCUUCAGUGCUUUCUUAUUGUAACCAAAGGAGAAGAAAUGAAUACAUGUGAAUGAUAAUAAAUUAUACUGCAGCAUUAUUGAGUGAGAUUAGUGAAUUUAACUAGUGGGGAAAUAGUUCUGUCCAGGUAGUGGCAGGAACAUAUACAAGGGGAAAUCCGUAUCCGUAGUUGAAAAUGUCCGUUCCGGUUGCAACAGUCAAACAGGAACGGCACGAUGAAGCAGAAAUCAAUGAAUUGGCUGCAAAAAUGAUGGAAGUACAUAAGCAACAGACAGCGAAAGCUGCUCUUCAGCAACAGCAAGUAGUUAGACCAGGAGGGGCCGGUCAAGUUCCCGGGGUAACGGCAAAUGGCACAACGGGGCAAACGAACAUAUUGAACUAUCUGACCCGGAAACCGGGUCAGCAAGUGCCACAGUCUAUCGGGGCCACAACGAUAGCUCCGGUCGGAAGUGCACAAACCAACGGAAAUGCUGCAAAGACUGAAGAAACGAACGGGGAAAAGAAAGCAUGCGACGAGGAAAGCCAAAAGGGACACUUUGGCUGGGAAACGUUUCCCGGCAAGAUUCACAUUCCGUACAUCUUCCGACAGUCGGAACGAUACUGCGCUGUGCGUAUGGUGGAAAUGAAACUGCUCAAUAAGUAUUUGAACUAUCUGCAUCAGGACAUCUACAGUUGCACCUGUGUCCGGUCUUAUUACAUCACGGAUGCCGAAAGUAAGCUGUUCAACGAAAUCAACACCAAACAUUGCGAUUUCCAGUUUGGCCGGGAGAUGUUCACGCUCAAGGAUUUGGUGGUCAGGUUGUCGGACGCCUACAAAUUCUAUCAGUUCCUGGAUGUAUGCUACAAAAAGCUACUGAUGGGUUGCAGUACACCGAAUGACAAAUGUGGGUUCAUCCGAAUAAACAAAGAAUCCGUAGUUCCUUACACCGUUAGAGAUAAUCAAAAGAUGGUACCACUGUUCUACUUUGAAGGAGAGACUGAUAAUCUUAAGUUAAAAGCCGACUAUUUAUCCGGUUGGGAUCUGUCCUAUCUUAAGUUCUGCUGUAAGGUUCAGGGAAUCCGGAACGAACUCUUUGCCAGCGACUCAGUCGCCGUCAUCAGCUUAACCGACAUCAAAGGCUACUUCCCACCCGGGACCGAGUUUGAAGACUACUGGCCCAGCAAAGUGGUAGACUCCCAGCUGCUCUCCGGUCCAAAGUCCAACAAUACCGUGCAUUGGACCCGACAACCCGCACAACCUCCCCCGAAACAGCCCACCAACAUGAUGAACACAAUGGCCAAACAACAGCCUCAGGUCCGGAAAACGGCCAACAACAUGUACCAGGCACUGCAACAACAGCAACAGCAGAACCUGCAGAAAAACAACGCUCAAAUGCCCAACAUCUCGGCAGCUGUGCAGGCACUCACGAACAACUGGAACCUAACGAACCAUGCCAAUCUGCUGUCGGCCGCUCAGCAGGAACAGCUAUUGAGAAUAACGCAAGCACAGCAGGCCGCCCAGGCACAGGCCCAAAUCCGUAGCAUGCAGAAUAUGCACCCGAUGCAAUACAACUCCUACAUGAACCAGACCAUGUCGAUGACGUCGAGGUCUUCCCAAAAUCAAGCGGUUCCGCCACCGCUGGUUCGGUCAUCGCAAUCGCAAGCCGCUCAUAUGUCAAACAUGGCAGGAGCGGCGGCUGCGGCGGCAAUGUCCCAGCAACAGCAACAGCAGCAGAAACGAUCCAAUGCUGCAGCUGCUGCCGCAAUGACCAACGGUCGCUCCAAUACGACCAUCACCUCGACCAACAACUAUCGCUCUACGGCGGCUGCCCUGCAACAGCAACUACAGCAACAGCAGGCAGCCGUAGUGGCCGCCAGCAACAGGCGGCUGCCAUGAGCGCCGACGGCGGCACUCGGCACGGCAAUAUGAUUAUGCUGCCGGAAAUGACUAUGGGCGGUACCCCGUAUAAACCGUACGAGGUCGUCAAGAAACCGAUCGAGAAUAAAACGAUCUACUGCAUCAACAAGACGCCGUACCGAAAUACGGACUAUCUGAUGACCAUCCAGGACCUGAAGGACGUGUUCUUCCCGUACAUCAGCCUGGAGGUGUGCCGGAGGGUGCUCAACGCGUUGGAUAUCAACCUGUUCGUCGGAAAUAGCCUGCAAUACCAAGCCCUUCUGGAAGCUGGCCGAGCCAACGUAGACAAGAUGCCCCUGGUGCAGGUGGUGGACGUUAUGCAGUUCAUGCCCCAGCUGCAGUACAUGGUGCGGGGCCAGAUAGGCCAAGAGACGCCGGCGAACAAGCGCGCCCGCAUCAGCUAGGAAUUGGGGUGGGGGGUACAGCAACAGUGCCCUCAGAGCACAGUAGUAUCCGAUCUGAUAACAAGCAGUAGCAGCAUCACAAACAGCAUCAGCAGCAGUAUCCACUCAAGCAGCUCAUCCGGUGUCAGCGCUUCCUGGAGUUUGACGCCUACAUCACCUUCGGCGAGCGGUAAAAAGUCAUCAUCUUCUUCCACACUAUCUGGUUCCAGUGCUCCGGCCGCUAUUGUCAGUAGUAGUAGCAGCAGUAGCGGAUUUUCCUCUCCAACGAACCCUCUAAAUUUCGACAAGAAAGCACUGUCCUCUUGCCGGUAUCAGCAAGAAAAGGCCGAUUUCUAUCAGGACGCCUCUAGUCGAAUGCUAGCCCAAGCAUCAUCUUCAGCUUACUCGUUCCAAGAAUCAGCCCUUGCUGCGGCCGCAGUUGCUGCUGCUGCCCAACAGCAACAACAACAGCAAGCUCAACAAGCCGCAGUAGCUGCCGCCGCUGCUCAACAAGCUGCUGCAGCUGCUGCCGCCGCUCAACAUCUUACGGCGGUCAGUAGCGCGGCCAUUUUCUCUCCUCAUUUCGCUCCCGGAUCAUAUGCAACUGGUCCAAUGCAUGUCGGAUCGUAUGACACCUCUGCCGUUACGGCUGCUCGUUCUUGUGCUCUGCCGUCACCCACCAUUUAUCCGCCAACCCCCCCACCCUCGGCACCUUGGAUACAUCCUUGGUAUAGCGGCGACACCUUUUAGUCAGUAGCAUCUAGCAGUAUUGGAAUUCCGUUUUUAAUCGUAACCAAACUCUUUCAAAUUACUGUUGAAAUAAAAAAUUCCAUGAAAAUAAUGGCUAGUUUUCAUAAUUUAGUGUCAAAUUGUAGAAAAAGGAUCAACGAUCCUUGUUUUGAACCAAAAAUUUGCAGUAUCUGGUACAUUCAGCACAAAUUCGUAGAAUCGUAAAUCUAUCCAAUACAUGAGACGAACAUGAUCGGUAAUUGUGUAACCAAAAAGAAGCAUAGCAUUAAUCAAAUCACAUGAAACAGAAUCCUACGUAAGUUUUUGCUCUCCAUGCUUCCUGUAUACAGAAGUGAUCCAAAGCCUCAACUUCGAUCGGAAAUAACCAUUUCACACACACACAAUUACUGUCCCUAUCCACUGUCCUCUAUUUGAUUGUUCUUCUAAAAGAAAAUUAAUGCUAUUCACGUCAUUGAGAUAUCGAAAACUAAAGUUACUACUACUUGUAUUUUAAAACUUAUAACUUGAGAAGCAAGAGAAGAGAACUCACUCACUAUAAGCAUUAUUGUAAAUUUAAGAAGAAAAAAAGUAAGGACAGCGAAUCCUUAGAAAAUAAUUCUCGCAGGAAGAGGAAUAACAUUGAAACAUAACUUAGCAGAAAGCGCAAACAUGAAAAGAACUGAAUAGACUUGAAACGAUUCUCCCUACGGUCGAAAGAAGGGUAGAAGAAAACUUAAUCUGUAAGAGAAGAAAACCAAUUGGCAAAGGAGUAAAAAAAGGUUGAAAGCAAUUCGUUUUAGCUUUUUCGUCGUUACUAGAGAGUGAAACUAAUUUUCCUCCCGCAGCAGCAAGUCUCUUCCCGACCGCGGUCUACGCACGACUCGCCCUCUGUCUGGGGAAAAUUGCAGUCGACAAGUACUGUACAAUUCGAAGAAAUCUUUUUUAUGUAAUAAGUAGGAAAUGAAACGUAAUGAUUGUACAUUUAGUUAUCACUAAGCAGAUAUUUGAGAGUUAAUAGCAGGGAUCUGAUUGCAGUAGGGUGAUGAAAAUGAACGUACGAAUGAGAAAAAGUCCCAGUAGGUUGUAAGAAACGAGAGGUGUGCAAACGAUUUACAUUCUGUUAUAGAGUCAGAACUCUAGCGAUGUUUUAGUUUUGAUUGGAGAAGAGAAAUAAAUUAUAUGUUUUUAUUUAUUUUUAUGAUUACGAAAACGAUCAUGCACUCUUUAGUUGUAUGCUACAAACUGUAUACCCGCUGAGGAAAAGGCUACUUGUUUAUAUUAAAUAUGUCUCACUAUCAGACGAGCAGAAAAAUAAAAUACGCUAUCAGUGUAACGUAAUUCUUCUAGUAGAAGGAUCUCGUGAAUCAAACUAAAA